AUUAAAUUUGGCAGGCAAAACAGCUACCGCUCUGCUGAUAUAUUGGCUUACUGUUUUAUGCGAUUGGGAUUUGUGAGGGCCACCAAGCGAGAAUCUUUAAUCUAUACCUGCUUCCCUAAAUUGUCGUGUAAAAUGGCAGAGGAGGACACUUCAGGCCAGUUUCUGUGCCCACCCAAGGACAAAGAAGAAUACCCCCCGGUAUACCGGCAGCACUCCGCAUAUAACCCCCUUUAUACCUUCCGCCUCCCCUCCGGUAAAACGAGACACUAUCAACAGCAGUAUGCUGAUAUAUACUUCUUACGACUUGCAAGACUGAAGCCUGCUGUUGCGGAAAUUGCGGCUGCUGAAUGGGAAGAAUUUACGAUUGCUGGUGAAAAUGCCCGAAGGGUUGACAGAGUACUAGAUGUAAGGCAGGGCGAACUCUGCUGGGUUGUGGGAACUGUGUACAUGGACCUACCUCUGAAACCUAAUAUUCUAGAUGAUAUCUCUAAAGAGCACUGGACGGCGGCUCCUCCUUCCCGGAAGACCUAUUUGGACCCAUCAAACCAAGGCGGUACUCAGACUAUGCUGGAAGAUGGAUCUGGGCGGCUGCGGCUGACCGGUACUUUACUGCAGUCAGCUCUUCUAGUUACUGGUGCAGUAGUCGCCGUGCUUGGAACGGAAAAUGCAAAUGGUGAUUUUGAAGUUGUAGAUGUGAAGGUACCCGACCUGGCACCUCAGCCUGCCCGAUGGGAAAGCCAAUAUGCAGAUUCAGCAUCUGGAAAGAGAAAAAGAAGUCCAAGUGAGACUCCUGUUGAUGGGCCCAGGAAGAAAAUUGCGCUGCUUAGCGGAUUGGGAAUCACGGGCACCUCCGGAGACACAGUAGCUUUGACUCUUUUGACCGAUUAUCUUCUUGGCUAUGGUGAAGGCUAUGGUAAUGUUGGCACUGGAUCUUCUCCCAUACGGUCCGCCCAGAUAUCCCGCCUUAUAAUCGCAGGCAAUUCUCUCGGCAGCAGUGUACCUCCUAGUCUUGAAGAACAGGACGAAGAUGCCGCAGUGAAGAAAAGGCGUCAAGCAAAGAAAUAUGGAUAUGACGCAUCAGCCUACAACGCAUCACCGAUUACUCAUUUGGACAAUUUUCUAGCCGAGAUCUUGCCCAGCAUUCCGGUUACCAUUAUGCCAGGUGAAAAUGAUCCGGCAAAUUUCGCUCUUCCUCAACAAGAAAUUCACCGUGCAAUGCUCCCUCGCUCAAGAAACUACUGUUCCGCUCCCCGCUUGGGCAUUGAUGAACCACCGUCUGAACCUGGAUGGCUGGAUACGGUGACUAACCCAUGGCAAGGCGAUGUUGAAGGCUGGAGAUUAUGGGGCUGUAGCGGACAAAAUGUGGACGAUGUACUCAGAUACAUGUACCUGGAUGACGAUCAAACUGGAAAUGGACAGGAUAUAGAGGGGGAUACGCGGUUACGGCUCAUGGAGGCCAUGUUGAGAUGGAGAUGUGCCGUCCCAACCGCUCCGGAUACGAUAUGGUGCUAUCCCUUUCAGGAUAACGAUCCAUUCGUGCUGCAAGCAUGCCCACACGUAUUUUUCACUGGGAAUCAGCCAGCAUUCAGGACAACGGUUAUCGAGAAGUCCGUUUCUGCAUCGUCGAUGGACAUAGAAGGAGAUCAGCCUUCGAAAGUGAGACUUCUGGCUCUCCCUAAGUUUCGUGAAACUGGAGAGUUGGUAUUGUUAGACGCGGAAACGUUGGAGGUGGAAGUUGUUAAGUUCGGGACGUGGCAGAGCGUGAAAGAAGUCGAAUCGUUAGAUGCGCCUGUCAAUGACUCGCAGGCCUGAGGCUCUAGCAAAUACCAACGUUGAGUCUAGAAAUGAUUUCUGGGAAAAGAGCACAAGCCUCUUGAUGCCAAAUCCGACCACUUCAAAACAACAAACGGCAUUAAGAAUCAAAAGGGCAUUAUUGAAUGAAGUAAAUUGAAAAUUGCGAGAGAUAGAUCCAUGAACUCCCAAACUAAAUCGGCAACUGUAGCGUACUACUGUGCUCCGGGACCUUUAUAUCCAUUAUCAGGAAGGUAUAAAUGUCUCACGGCACCUUUUGCUGUUAACACCACCAGUCGGAUGACGCCGCCGGAGCUUCCAUCCCACUUGAUAGCUUCAUGUAAUGCUCCCUUAACGAACUCGAUCCCCUCUUCCUCUGUCAUACCUUCUCGCCAGUGCGCGUCGCAGUAGCCGUAGAUAUAUGUGGAGCCGGAUCCACCAAUGGCAUAGGCCUGCUUGUGGAGGGAGCCGCCGAGCGGAAUGGAGUAGACUUGACCACCAUGGCGGUGGUCGUAUCCAGCGAUAAUUAUACCGGCACUGCCCAGUAUAAGCACACAGCUAUUCAGGGAGAUAAGGUGUGCGGUAGCAAUUACCUUAACAUAUCUUUGUUGUCAUAGCAUAAUUCUUGGAACAGAGCUGCAGCAGUUUGAGUCGUGGGCGGCUGGUCAUACACAACGCCGUACAUGCCCAGAUGAUACCGUACGAUGUCAGCUACAGCUUGCGU